GGAACGGGGAUCCCCGCGGGGAUUUUUUACGGGGGGUAGAUUUUGCCCCCCGUUCCCGUUCCCGUUCCCCACGGGGAACGGUAGCAAUAGCAAUGGCAGCAGAUGGCAGCAGAUGGCUUUGUAGCAGCAGCAAAUCGCUCUAGCGGCAGCAAAGCAGAUGGAUCCGGUCCGGCAGCAGGCCAGCGGCAGCAAAGCAGAUGGAUCCGAUCUGGCAGCAGGCCAGCGGCAGCAAAGCAGAUGGAUUCGGUCCGACAGUAGGCCAACGGCAGAGCAGAUAACAAGCAACGAAUCAUUAAAUAUCAUUCACUUUU